AUGCUCUUCGCGCCGAUAGAGUUCCAGGAAAGCGACAUGAAGAGAAGAACAACUGCUGCGAUCCGAACACCAGCUGGAUAUUCUACACAGUUCAAAGUGGAAGCUGGACAGCGUCCCACCGAUGUUAUUUUAGCACUUUUCGGACUUCCCUUGGUGGAUCUUGAGUACACCGACGAUGUAGCAGUAUUCGCCUCUAGCAGUGCGAAGUUACAACAUGUUGUUAACCUUGCAUCAAAGUUAGCUGCAGCCUACGGAAUGCGCUCCGCCCUGAUAAAUGUAAGCAGCUGCGGGUCUCCUCGAGACCCUCCACGGGAAAUCAGGGUUGAUGGACAACCUAUCGAACUCGUAGAUGAGUUCUGUUAUUUGGGCUGCAUGGUGAAAACAAUGGCAGCUAUAAAAGGGAAAUAUUCAGCAAAAAUGCGCUUAAGCUAUUUCGGCAUUCAGCUCAUUCAAGAUGCCUCUUUGGUCAACUACGCCAACGAAGUCAAGCUACAAGUCUACCUAUCCGCAGUUCGCCCUAUCAUCAUGUACGGAUCGGAGAGGGGCAGCGCCGGAGACGGUAAUGGAAAAGCUUGA